GAGCCAUGGUUCCGAUGGCGCCGGGUGUGCGGGGGGGGCCUCUGCUUCCUUUCUAGGACGUGACUUUAAACUUAAAAUGGAAACUUACAAAUAGGAACGUUGCUGUGGCACCACUCGCCUUCUGCAUCUGUGGGCGAAGAGGUUUCCGUCGCUGCACAGCCACGACCGCCACUUUACUGCGGAGAGGCGGGAUGGACAGGUUCCUGAAGAAGCGUGCACAGGAGGGCCUUGUGGGGAAAGGGCAGGAGCACGAGCCGCCGGGAGGAGACCGAGGCAGCCCGAGGAAAAGGCCCAGGCUGGGGGACCCGACCGGCCCCAGCUGGCGGCACAUCGCGGCGGAGGGGCUGGACUGCGAUUACACCGUGCUGUUUGGCAAAGCCGAGGCCGAUGAGAUCCUCCGAGAGUUGGAGGAAGAAGUGGAGUAUUUUACAGGUGCACUGGCCAAGGUUCACGUAUUUGGGAAGUGGCACAGUGUGCCAAGGAAGCAGGCAACAUAUGGCGACGCUGGGCUGACCUACACGUCAGGCCUUACCCUGUCCCCAAAGCCCUGGGUUCCAGUUUUAGAGCGUGUCCGGGAUCGAGUCUCUGAGGUGACAGGACAGACCUUCAACUUUGUGCUUGUGAACAGGUAUAAAGAUGGCCGUGACCACAUUGGGGAGCACCGAGAUGAUGAAAGAGAACUGGCCCCAGGGAGCCCUAUCGCCUCUGUCUCCUUCGGUGCUUGCAGGGACUUCAUCUUGCGGCACAGGGACUGCCGAGGAAAGAACCGGGGCCGGAGGGUGGAGGUGGUCAGGCUGCAGCUGGCCCACGGAAGCUUGCUGCUGCUGAACCACCCAACCAACACUCACUGGUAUCACAGUGUCCCUAUCCGCAAGAAGAUUUUGGCUCCACGGGUCAAUUUGACAUUUCGUACAGUUUUGCCUACUAAGAAACAAGUGUUUUGAAGGCUGAGUACUUCGAGUUCCUCUUCCCUAUGUACUCUGGGAGGAAGCUGCCUUGUCCUUUGUCCACAGAGCACUAGAGGAGGCUGGGAGAAAUUACAGGGCUGUUACAUAACAACGCACAAUUCAGAGGGUGUUUGUACAGCGUCGGCAAAUCAUGAGAGAAUACCCGCUGAUUCUUUUUUUCCUAACAAAAUGAUUCUUUUAUUGCUAUAAUACACAGCAGAUACAAAAGUACCUUUAGCAAAUCCAUACGUCAGCAGUUACCAUGGCAUAAAUUACUAGCUUAACUUAGGUUUUUCCAGAAGGAAGCUACUGACUGCAAAUAACUUAAAACUAGAAAUCAGAUCAUUUGGCUGCUCCUUAACCCCUAAUAAUGUACAAAAUGAGGAAGUAAGUUAGCUUCCAGUCAGGCUGUGGCUCACACUCGGUUCAUGGCCUCAGUUCAUGGCCAAAUUCACGCAGUGGCAGUGGCAGUGGCAGUGGCAGGUAGUGCGUGGGUGCAGCUACAGCAUUGUAAUGGGUCGGAGGUCACACAGAAUUGGGUGGAACACCAAAGCCAGGGUUUGCAGGGCCCGCUGUGGACAAUAAGGUGGUCGAGCUGCACUCACUGCUGCCCUGGCCUGGAGAGCCUGUGCAGCACAUCUACUGGUAGAAGAGUUACCGAGUCCUCAGGACACACACAGCCAGCCAUAAGCUGAGCACCUGCACUGUCUGCACUCUUAGCUGACACCAAGGCACAUCUGGAAGUGUCCCCCAGCUCAUCCCAGUGGAGAAAGCACAGUUCUUAGCCUGAUCUCAGGUGACCUUUUGGAUAGGUCUGAUUCCAAAUCUUAUCUCCAAAGAGUCAGUUUAAAUUUGGUGUCCUUUUAACAUUACAUUUAAAUCUUCCUAAGACAUAGGUACUAUUGUGUCAUCAAAAUGCCUUCGGCCCUGGGCUGCAUUUAUGAGACUUAUCUGAAAAGGGAAAAAAAGUGCUUAAUAUACUCUUAGAAUACUGGAAAUGCUGGGUAAAUUUAGAAUAUGGAUCUAGAACAAAAUGACAACAGAUGUUAGUAGUUAUGCGUGUCUAAAAAAAUCAAACUUCUUCCUGGGCUUUGGUGGUCACUGAAUCCACCCCUCACUUUACAAAUGAAAAAAACAGGUCCAGAGAGAUUGCAGCCCCAUGGUCAGCACCCUCCCUAAUCCAGCUCUCAAACUAAGCAGGGAUUGUCAUUUUAGACAACCCCAAACUUCCCCUGUGAACCUUAGGAGCUCUGUGUGGGCAAUAAAUAAAACAUUAAAAGAAGCAUUCCUGUGUAAUUGUUAUCUAUAGAGGGAAGAGACGUGACUGUGACGCCAAUGCAGAGAGCUGCUCAGUCUGGCAGCCACAGUUUUAUAAUAUACUACAAUAUCGCUCAAUAUACAGAAGAGGAAAGCAACAAAGCAUUUCACUUACA